UAAAGCCUAGAAUUCAAAAUUCUACUCAUUCAAUGUAAUAUGAUAAAGGCACAAGCCGGUAGAAUAAUUUAUACGAACAGAUCCAUAAAGGCCGUCAAACAUGUUUAAAAUACCUCAAUGACUCGAAUAACAAACCUAAAAACUUAAACCUCUCGUGUAACGAAGCUAAAUCGUUGUCUGUAGAUGUGUAGCGUCACUCGAGCAAAUCUCUUUGUGUUCAUUUGUGGUUAAUAACCGUUCAGUUUUAGUUGUUUUGUGCAUCUUUAUUAUCAAAUGAACAAAAAUGUUUUUUAUACAUAUAUUUGUAACUUUUUUUGUCGCAUGUAAUGGUCAAACUUCUACUGACGCCCUAGAGAAGUUUUUAAUGGACGCUAUAAGGAGUAAUGAAACCAUUGAUUUUGACUUUGACAAAUAUGGAAGUAAGCCCUGUGAACCGUAUGAACCUAUCAAACCAAAUUUCUCCGCGCCUGGACGUCGAAUUAGUGAACAAAAAUGCUUCGAGUAUAUAUGGGAGAUGGAAAAUCGAGAAAAUGAAACCGAAUGGACGCAAAUAUGCAGACUAUACCUUAUUUCCGAAAUUAAAAAGGGGGUUGUUCCUGAAUUUCUAUUUGUGAUUAAUACCCCUGUUAUAUUUGGCGGUCGACCUGCCGUAUAUGAAGAAUUUCCCCAUAUGGGAGCCAUUGGAUGGAAAGCUAAGAACUCAUCACUAAAGUGGGUUUUCAAAUGUGGAAGUACACUUAUUAGUAAAAAAUUCUUAUUAACUGCUGCCCAUUGUUCUAAGUUAUCUGUAAGAAGAUCUAUGGAUAUAGUCAAUAGUCAGCCUGAGAUCGUCAGGCUGGGGGUCGAGAAUAUUAGUGAUGAUCAGUUUAAUAUAUACGGUAAUCCUGUGGACGUAAAGAUCAAACGAUUCAUCGUCCAUCCAAAAUAUAAAGCACCAAAGAAGUAUUAUGAUAUCGCCCUCAUCGAACUACAGACAGAAGUUAAAUUUAUGAGCAACGUACAACCAGCUUGCCUUUGGUCUGAUAAUGACGUUAGUGACCUUGACACUAAAGGAACUCUGAGUGGUUGGGGAUAUACUGAACACGGGACACCAUCAAACCAACUACAAGCUGCUGUCGUCGACUUCAUCGAGACGCCUGUAUGUGAAACCCUUCUCCGAAAAUUUCGAAACAGGCACUGGGGCGGGUUCCAAGAUCAUCAGAUGUGUGCAGGAAACUUAACAGGAGGCAUUGAUACCUGCCAGGGCGACUCUGGUAGUCCAGUGCAGGUGAAGAUUCCUUUGAAAACUAAAGGAAAAAUAUACUGGACAGUGGCCAUCACAUCAUUUGGAAUCAAAUGUGGACAAAGAAACCGACCCGGGGUGUAUACGAGAGUCUCUAGUUUCAUCGAUUGGAUCGAAGAAAUUGUUUGGCCUUCAACAAAUAUUUCUUUAUAAUUUAUUGAAGUAAUUUUAUUUUAAUUGUACUGAAUUCCAAAGACAAAAUAAUAUUUUUCAAAUAAAAUUAAACUAUCUUGUUUA